AUGACCAACAGAGUGAAAACAGAGUAACGACGGAGUCCCCAAUUCCAAAAAAAAAUGGCGGCAGUACGUUGAAAUUUACUUAGUUAACCUAGGGUUUGGUCUUUCUCACUGUCUCCAACGCGGCAAUAAUGUUCGGAGCUCAGCCUUCCUCCUCCUUCGGCACUCCCUUUUCUACCCCAGCAUUCGGCACGCCUUCGUCAACCCCAGCAUUCGGCACGCCGUCAACUCCAUCUUUUGGCACUGGUUUUGGAUCGUCGCUAUUUUCAACACCAUUAUCGCAACAGUCACAGCCACAUCAACAACAAACUUCCUUAUUUCAAACACCUCAGAGUUCGGGCCCGUUCAGCUUUUUCACACCCUUGAAUACUGCUACGCAGGCUCAAUCAAGUUCAUUUGGUCAACCUAAUUUAGGUCUUCCCCUUCCAUUUGCAAAUGCUCAGUUGACUACUCAGAUGGCUCCCAUGGCUCCACUCCCUUUUUCUCUUGCUGACAGGGAUAUACAAGCAAUUGUUGAUGCGUACAAGGAGGAGCCUAGUAACCCUAAGUAUGCUUUCAAGCAUCUUUUGUCCAGUGUGACAGAACCUCAAUAUAGGACGAAACCUGCAGGUGUAUCUGAUAUUAUGUGGGCAGAAGCAAUGGCCAAACUUGAAGGCAUGGAGAGUAUUGACCGUGAGCGCCUGUGGCCUCAACUUGUUCAGGGCUUCAAGGAUCUCUCCGAACGACUCAAGCUUCAAGAUGAAGUAAUAGUUUCAGAUGCUGAGAGGCUGCAAAUGACGCAGAGCAAUGUGAAAAUGCUGCAAAGGCAUUUCCAAGCUGAUACCCUUCCUUGGAUUGAAAGAAUGAGACACAAAGAGCAAGGUCUUCAAAGACGCCUUUUGAGGGUGAUGAGAAUACUAGAGGCACUUCAAGGUAAAGGUUGUCGAUUGCCUUUGAUGAAAAGAGAAGCUGAAUUGGUGGAGAGGUUGACAGGCAUCACGAGACAGUUAAAAGGUUCUGGAGCUGAACUUUCUAGGAGGGUUCAGAAUCUGCUCACCAUAUGCCGUGUUCAAAAUGGCCUUGGAGGUGGUUCUGUUUAUCUCCCUGGUUCAACUAAAAUUCAUGAACAGAGUCUGGCUGACAUGCAGGAGGUUUUGCAACAGCAAACAGAGGCUAUUGCUAGGCUUGGCAAUGUAUUGAAGCGAGAUAUUCGGGAUGUGGAGAUCAUAAUGUCUGAGGAAAUAGAAAUGAUGGAAGGCCGAGUAUAGAACAACCUUUGCCGGCUGGGGCCUUUCUGUUUUGUUUGUAUAUUAAUGGUUUGUGUUUGGUGGCAAGAAGUGAUAACGGUUGCCAAAAAUGAAUUGUAUGAAAUCAAAUCUUGUUCUGCUAGCUGGACCAUUGUUGGUAGUUACAAUUUGUAAGGGAACAAUAAACUUGCUCCUGUUAAUA